AUGUCGAAUCUCUCAUCGAGGAGUGGAAGUUGGAAUGACAACGGCCAGAAUCCUCACCUCACCGGAUCACUGGAGAUUUCUAUCAGUCCGGACAGAAUCCCAAACCUUUUCAAGGGUACUGAAAUAACUGUAGGACAAACAGUAGACCACGACACAACGGAUUACCUCCAGGCAGGCAGGGGGGCGAGUUUUAUGUUGCAGCAGCUACAAUAUAUUCCAGAAGAAUUCGACCAAGAUAAUGAGGAAAUUGAACGGGAAGCGGAGCUAGGGCCCGCCAAACGUCGCAAGAAAAGUUUUUUUGUUCGAGAUGAUUUCAUUAGCUACAACAAAUGCGUCAAGGACAACGAAGAAAACAAUGACGAGCACCAUAAUGACAGCGAUGAUCUCUUUUCUGACAAUUAA